CGGAAACUGGAGCUGCUCAUUAGCCUCCUGCUUUUGGGGUCCUGGAGCUCACAGCACACGGGUCACCCCGGGACACGGAGCGGACACGGUGUAUGCAGGCGCUACACGGCGGACUCACCGCAGACAGGAGAGCCUCCCGGGAGAAGAUCCGCUUCUCUGUGCCAGUGCAGCCAUUGUACUGCUGAGAAGUGUCACUGUGUGCCAGGACCAUGUCUGCAGGCUGCUGCGCCAGGCAGGUGGCCUGUUGCUGUGGGGCUGCAGCCUGCGCCCUGUGCUGUACAUGCUGCCCGAAGAUCAAGCAGUCUACGAGCACCCGCAUUAUGUAUGCCCUCAUCUUCACUCUGGUCACCAUAGUCUGCUCCGUCAUGAUGUCUACAUCUGUGGCUAAGCUGAUGAAAGAGCAUAUUCCAUUCUAUGAAGACCUCUGCGAGCAUCUUCAGGCCGGAGUGAACUGUGAGAAGCUGGUCGGGUACUCGGCUGUGUACAGAGUCUGUUUUGGCAUGGCCUGCUUCUUCUUCAUACUCUGCAUCCUUACCAUAAACAUUAAGAACAGCAGAUGCUGCCGGGCCCAUCUCCACAAUGGCUUCUGGUUUGUCAAGUUUUUGCUCCUCAUAGGGAUGUGUUCUGGAGCUUUCUUCAUUCCCGAUCAAGACACUUUUCUCUAUGUGUGGCGUUACGUUGGAGCAGUGUUCGGCUUUCUCUUUCUGAUCACCCAGCUCAUGCUUUUGGUUGAAUUUGCUCACAAAUGGAAUAAAAAUUGGACUGCUGGAGCGCAGCAUAAUAGGCUGUGGAAUGGAGCCCUGGCCAUCGUCAUCCUGAUACUGUACACUGUAGCGCUUGGAGCGCUUGCCUUAUUAGCAUGGCUUUAUACUCAUCCCGAACACUGCCAGCUCAACAAAAUCUUGCUCGGUGUCAAUGGUGGUCUGUGCUUUCUCUUAGCCAUAGUUUCUAUUUUGCCAUGUGUGCUAAAAAAUCACCCUCAGUCUGGAUUGCUGCAGACGGGAGUCAUCAGCUGCUACGUCAUGUAUCUGACCUUCUCAUCCUUUUCCAACAAGCCCCCAGAAUUCAUUGUGGAUGAUGCUGGGAAGAACAUCACAGUGUGCGUCCCCAGCUUCACUAAUGGGAUUAGUCCGGACGAGCGGUGGGUGUCCCUGCUGGGCGCCAUCAUUCUGCUUGGCUGCAUAUUAUACAAUUGUCUUACCUCUACAACACGAUCCAGCUGGGAUGCCCUAAUGGGAAGAUAUGGACCACCGGAAGAAGAAGUGGCUCGUUGUUGCUUUUGCUGUGGAAACGGUCAAGAAGACCAAGACGAAAGAGUUGAAGCAAAGGGAGGACAGAUGGUGGCCUAUGAUGAGGAGAUAAAGACGGCCUACAGUUAUUCUGGCUUCCACUUCAUCUUCUUCCUCGGUACUUUAUACAUGAUGAUGACCAUGACCAACUGGUUCCACUACAACCACGCUAAUAUCGAAAAGUUAUUUGUGGGGAGCUGGUCACCUUUCUGGAUCAAAAUGGCAUGCUGCUGGGUGUGUGUGGGCAUCUACCUCUGGACUUUACUUGCUCCCGUGUGCUGCUCAAGAGGAGGAUACGUAGUAUAAAUAUAUUAUGCGCCAUCAUGACUUUUUAUCUGUUACACCUUCUUAACCCAGAUGUGGUGGAGCAUUUGUCUUUUUUAUGUUUUUUUUUUGGGGGGGGGGGGGGGGGCUGUCUUAUUUUACAUUUCUCCCUAAAGCAUAUUGUGCAGGACACAGUCAUCAAUAAAUGGAUUUUUAGAACAGUGUUAGCGUGUGGAAGAACAUGAAGACCCGUGAGAUCCUUCAUGUGCUUGUCUUUGUCUUCAGAACAAUAUUUCAGUGUCUUACACUUUGUGCCGUUCAUAAUUCUUUCUUUUUUUUUACUCCUAUACAUGUGAAUAGGGCUAGAUAUAGGUAGAUUAUAGGUACAAAGUACCGCUAACUAAAAACACUUAUUAAACCAUUUUAAAAUAGCUGAGUAAAGGAUCGAGCUUGGAGGAGCCAUGGGCUCGGAGCUACUCAUCGUAGGGUAGGUUAGAGUUGUUGUUUGCUCUUCAGUUCGAGUUAUUUACUAGACAUAGGUUGUGAUGUACUAGAACUUCUCCUAUUUAUUUAGUUUCAAAUGUCUUCCUCAGACUAUGGCCUCCUUCUUUUUACCUUUUAAAAAUGUGCAACUUUUUGUACUUUUUUUUUUUUUUGUACUUUUUGUCUCCUCUAACAUCUCCUCUUGUAUUAUACUGUACAUAUACAGUGACUGUAGCCAUGAUAAUAAGGAGUAAGAUGGGGAAAAAAUGAGAUGAUGCAAGACAACGUCUUACUUAGGUAGUAACAGUCUACGUUAUCUGACAUGUUAAUCCCCAAAAUUAGACCUCCAAUGAUGUUCUUGCUAUACCCAGAAUUUACACAGAAUGCCUGCGUAACGUAAUCUGUACAGUAGAUGAAAAUUGUUUGUGUACUGCAAUUUUUCUAAGCCAAUGUUUGUGCAUGUUCCUUUUUAUUGUACUUUGUGUUUGAGCUCAGGUGCUGCCAUAUCAUGGUUCUUUUAUAGGUUUUUGGGUGAUUGUUAUUUCAUUUAGUUUAGUUUUUUACAUUUCUCUCCAAGGGCUAUUCUUGAGCCUCAUUGCUUAGGUCAGAAAUUACCCCAAACCAUGUUUUUUUUAAUAUUAUUAUCGUUUUGGGCAAACUUGUGCAUCGGGCAAAUUCUGUUAAGGGAACAUAUUCUCAGCCCAGACAUUAAGUUUACUGCGAUAUUCAACCGCCAAACCAGUUAAAUUCAGUUUUGUUUAGUUUUUUUUAGGUUGGGAAUGUUUUUUAAGUUCUCAAAAAUUCACCCAUGGUUCCUUUCACAGUGUGCAGAUCUUGGGGGUUCUGCUUACCCAAAAUAAUAAGACAAAAAUGAUGUACACAGAUUGAUGCCAUAAUGUAACCCUGAGAAUAGGAUGGAUCAUGGCACCAAUCUUUGCAGACAUCAUGGGUAUUCACUCUCCAGAGAAGUGCUGGGAAACAUUCUCCAUCAGAUGACUAGAUCAUGGUGGCCGGAAAAUAAGGUCUCGUU